UUGUUACGCUCUUAUCUAUAUUUUUAUCACUUUUUCGGGUAAAUCCUUCAUAAAAAUAACCUAGAUUUAUAAUUUUCUAGUCAUAAGUUGUGGUAAACAUUCGCCACUGUGCCCAUGAAUUGUUAUGAUUCUUCACUUGUUUGUAAUUUGAUCAGUAGAGGGUAGCAUGAUGAUGGCGGAGACGACAAAUCCUACAAAAAAUGAGAAACUUGAUAAAGUCCAAAUUAAAAAAACGCUUUUUGAGAAAAUCAAGCAGCUAUGGGAGUUGAUCAGAUUGAGUGUUUUUGUCAUAGGGACGGCCCUAGUCGUAUUUAUUGCUGCUAGGAAUUCAGUUACAUGGUAUUUGCAGCAGUUUUGGGGUGCCUCAGGGAGUUACUGGCAGAGCAAGUGGGAGGUCAUACAUGACUUCUUUGGUGGAAAUGAUAUGCUCCUCGGAUUUACAGGUUUGUUCCUUGUAGCGAAUGGGGUGUUUUGCAUCAUCAACUCCUUCUUUGCCUACCUGGACAUCACUGGCCACCCAUCCUUCCUACUCAAGUACAAAAUUCAACAGGAUAAAAAUAAACCUGUUGAUGUCGGUAAGUUGAUGAAAGCAGUGAAGCAGGUGGCUUUCAAUCAAGUUGUGGUGGGCGGACCCUUCAUGUACGUCAUGUUCAAGGUGAUGAUUUGUAGGGGGUGCAGUUUUGGUAGGGAGCUGCCAACGUUUCACUGGGUGGCUGCCGAGCUAGUUGUCUUCACUAUUGUCGAGGAGAUCAUGUUCUAUUACAGUCAUAGACUUUUCCACGCUCCAUUUUUCUACCGUCGGAUCCACAAAAUCCACCACGAGUGGGUCUCCCCCGUCGGCGUGACUUCCAUCUACGCACAUCCCAUCGAGCACAUCUUCGCCAACAUGCUGCCAAUCAUCAUGGGGCCCAUCGUUAUGAAGUCACACAUAGCCACGGCCAUUAUGUGGUGCACGAUUGGACUGGCUUCAACCUCCAUUUCUCAUUGCGGCUAUCACCUACCCUUCCUCUUCUCACCCGAGGCUCAUGACUUCCAUCAUCUCAAGUUCGUAGAUAAUUUUGGGAUGUUGGGUGUGUUGGAUCGUCUGCACGGGACAGACAAGUACUUCAGAGCUUCAAAGGCCUACCAGCGUCACAUGGUUCUGCUCGGCCUGGUUCCUCUUUCGGUGCAAUUUCCAGAUGACGAGAAGAAAGUUGUUGAAAGCGAGAAAAUCAACAAAGCUUGCAGCAGCGAGACUAGCAUUGAUGAAGGGAACGAAAUUCUUUUUACAAUCGUUAAUUUAUUUGAUUAAGAUGACGUAGACACACAUCUACGUACAUUUUUAUUAUUUAUAAGAUAUAAAAAUCGUCAUUUCUCGAACAUCUUCUCAAUCAUAUUUCUAUUUUGAACGCUAGUGAUUCAAGUCAAUGAGACUGACUGACGACCGCUUGCUAUUGUUACUUCCGUUUUAUUGAAGGAACUUGUUUUAACUUUGUUUUAACCAAUAAUUGACGUAUGCAUACAUUUAUGUAUUGUUCGACACAUGCGUAUAUACAAAUAUAUAUAUAUAUAUAUAUAUAUACACAUGCAUAACUUGUAGUUUUAACCUUAUAAAUCUUAUUAUAAAAUGAUAGAGACACGAUAUUUAUAACCUCAAAUAAUAUUUGUUCUAAAUCCGAUUAUCUCGAACUGUUAGAUACAUACAUACAGUCGAAUUGUUAAAUACAGACAUCCAAUUGUUACAUAUAUUCAGUCAAAUUGUUACAUAUAUUCAGUUAAAUUGUUACAUACAUAUGCAUACAGUUGUAUUGUUACAUACGUACAUACAGUCGAUCGCUCUAUAUUAAUUUUAUAUAAAUAUUUUUUAAUUUUAUAAUAUACAUUACCGAAUUCAAA